CUCCUUGCCUCCCUCCAUUUCACCAGUCGGUUUCUACGUGCCCUCGUGCACCGCCCAAUACCACUUCAUUAAGCAUAUAAACCCCUUCUGCUCGUCUUGAGCCCCUCAAGCCCACAUCGACAGAGCAGGAUGACGACCCGCUCGCCGGUGGGCGAGUCUACAGUGCACAGCACGGCCACUCACAACUCUGCCGACGCAUGGCAGAUGCCUUUACACAACAAAGACCGGCUCUUCCUUGUGCUUCUCCCCACUGUCGGCACUUCAGGAGAAGAAGAAUGGGCGCUACUUUUGACCCCUAAGCGGGAGAAGAAGGGCGCACCCGAGUCCACCUUGUUCCGCGUCUUCUGGGAAGAGACGGAGAAGGGACCCUGGCUGUCAUAUCAUUCCAGGACAGUCGAUGCGACUGCCCUCCCUAUGCUCGCUCGCUGGCUGUUGCUCAAGAUUCGCCCUGGGCAACAAGAGUUCUUCGACGACGAGCUUUCUUCGGUGGAUAUCCUGCAAGAGAAAGGGUGGCGGAGUCGGGGGUGGGUGGGGAGUUGUCUUAGCAGGCUAAGAGAGCUCGGAUUCGGGGAGAUCAGAGAGCCCAAGGCGGUCGAGGAGGAAGUCGGGAGGUGGAGAACCGCUGUCUGGGACCGGGGAGGGCGGGCAAGAGGGGAGACAGUCGCCGAUUUGCGGUUGAGAAGCUGACCUGCUUUUUGCCUUUCCCGCCCUGGUUCUGCUGCGCUCUUGCGAUGCAACGAAUACUAACCAUUCAUGCUGCCUAUGAUUGUUAUCCACCUCUUAAUUCCUGCAUGUUUGAUAGAUACCUUACAGUACUGUAGAACGUCAAUUGAUUGCACACGAUUCC